ACUGUGUAAUGAUGCUGUCUGAGCAUGAAAAAGCUCUGCAAAGUUACAAAGCACUUCUCUAUAUCAAUGUUUGUUUCUGUUUCUGAACUCCCUGAAAUGCCGCCAUUGUAUUCUUGAGUUUUCUUCUGGGAACAAACAUGUCACAAUUUUUAAGUUAAAAGGUUAGUAAUGAGUCGGCGCUUGUAUGUAAACACAUUGCUCUGCAAUGCGUUCACUGCACCAACUGCACAACAGACUGAGGGGAAGAGGAAAAAUGUUUGAAUAAAUCGUUAGUUUUAUUUUGUUUUUGCGCACAAAAUGGUUUCUCAUAUUUCAUAAAAUUGAGGUUGAACCACUCCAGUCAUGUUGACUUUUUUAACGAUGUCUAUAGUACCUUUCUGGACCUUGAAAGUGUUGAUUAUAUUGCUGUCUACGGACAAGUCAUAUUCCUCUCAGAUUUCAUCAAAAAUAUCUUAAUUUGUGUUCUGAAGAUGAACAAAGGUCUUACGGGUGUGGAACGACAUGAGGGUGAGUAAUUAAUGACAGAAAUUUCAUUUGUGGGUGAACUAACCCUUUAAGCAGGGCAGGCUGAGAGCUGUGGGAGCAAGGUGUUAAUGAGCACUAGCACGAGUUAAUGAACACUAGCGCGUAUGUUGAUGAGCGUCACCUGUGUGUUACACCGGUCUUGAGUCCCACGCAGGAACUGUAGAAAGAUAAAAGUAGGAAUGAAGAGAGAGAUAAAGCCAGGGACAUUAACGUUGUGUUUUGCGCAUGUUUAUAUGCAUCAGUUGUCAGUGAGGGGCAGCCGCUUUACUUUGGUUUUGUUUGUAUGUUUAUUUUGUUACUAAAAUUAUGCCUUAAACCUCAUUACAUCAUUUAAAUAAUUCCCGCAAAGGUAUACAGGGCUUGGUUGAGUUGCAUUACUAGUGUGUUGUUGUAUGUUCAGAGACAUAACCAGUUGUUUUUUGUGAACUUUGUGUGUUUUCGCUCAGAUAUAUCAGAAGCUUAAAUUGGCGAGGUUUUUUAAACAAAUGCAAAAACAAUUUAUUAUGACCACGACAGAGAUGAUAAUCAAAACCAAACAGAUGUUUUAUUUAUUGCUGAGACACGAGCUGUUAAGGCUCUGCCCACUUCUGGAAAAGUGUUGGGGAGCAGCAGCUCAUUUGUAUUUUGUUCAAAGUAUUAGUUCACUUUCAAAUGAAAAUUACCCCAAGCUUUACUCACCCUCAAGCCAUCCUAGGUGUAUAUGACUUUCUUCUUUCUGAUGAACAUAAUCAGAGAAAUAUUAAUAAAUAUCCUGAUGCAUUCGAGCUUUAUAAUGGCAGUAAACAGUGUGACAGAGUGACCUGUCCCUGUUGGUUAGCGCAGCACACACACCCCAUCUUACCUGCUGAGGCGAUGUGGGUGCACACGCACACUAUUAGCACGCUGGUCUUCAUACACACAAACAUAUCGACUCCGUUUCCAUCCAGGUCAGAAUCCGCCCUGCGCAUAACAACACACAUACAUACCUGAGUUGUCUUUCGUUUCUGUGUUUUGUCAUGUUAUCGUGUUAAUACAUAUCUGUGUUCAGAGUUUGUCAGCGUCUGUGUUGCCAGUCUUUCGCCUUGCUUCUCCACCAUUGGCCAGCCAAACCCAAGCGCCACCCAGCGGCCUGGAUAAAUAGUGCCAGGUCUGCUGUGUGUGGGCACUUCGGCACGAAGCAACCGGAAGUCGGCUCGUCCAUUGUCUUGUAAAUAAGGGUGGAUAAUGGAAAUGUGGCGUUAUUAUUAUGUGUUUAUUAUUAUUUAUGUCUACAUUUGUAUUUGUUGUUUUGACUGGAUUUUGUUUCUGUAAAUAUUUUGUUGUUUUAUGUGUGUAUAUAUUUUUGUGGUGUUGUGAAAACGUAUAUACUUACCUGAAUACUUACCCACCCAUGUUUGUAUGGUUUUAACAAAUAAGGGGCGGGGCUUGGACUAUAAAGAGGAGCCCCAAAAAAGUAUGUGUUGUCAGUUAACCUAAUUGAACAUGCAAGUGUGGUGCUGUGAGUAAUUUAUUUGUCAUUAGAGUAGUUUGCAUGUAUAUAUUUAUGUAUAUAUUUUUCUUUGUUCUUUUGUACAGUUUUGUUCGUUAUUUGAUUUUUGUUUUACUUUUGUAUAUAGAUUUGGUCGCUUGUCAACUGGGACUGUUUCACCUCUCGAGCACUGUAAAUAUACAUCACCUUGCACCUUACAUCUCUGUGAGUAUUGCCAUAUUUUUGGGGGGAUUUUUUUUUGUUUUCUGGGCAAACCCAGUUUCGUCUGACAGUGGGCCUACGAAGACCCGUUGUCCCACAUAUGGUGUCAGAAGUAGGAUGGCUACUCGCAAAACUGCACCGAGAGGCAGGAAGCCUAGGGUGGGGCUUUGGUCCCAGACCAAAGCGAUCACUGAGCCGGAUGUGGCCUGGGACACUGCUGAGUCAACAGAGGAGGAGAGAGAGGAGAAUCCUCCACCAGUUCGUCCCAAGUCCACAUCACCUCAAGAGUCCAUCUCUUUUGCUCCAACAUCUAGUGGUGGGAUGUUUCCAGUGAUCCGCGACUUCCUGAGUGCACAGGAGCAGAGAGAGCAACAGUAUGUAAUGGAGCUACGGAGUCUGCGGUAGUCGAUUAUGCAAGCUGUCCGGCCAGCUGAGGUGUCAAGUGAGGCCGAAAGUCCAUGGAUGGAGCUUCCAACGGCAGCUCAGCAUAGAAGCACAGCUUGUCAGAGAGACUCACCGACCGACAUGGGGUACUACCGCCAGCCGACGCCGCGAACGGAGCCAAGGUUGCCAGUCAACCAGCAGGGGGAGGACGUUGAGAACUUCUUGCGCCGUUUCGAGCAUCUUGCCAGAACCUGGAGGUGGCCAGAGGAUGAAUGGAGUUAUCAUCUGCUGUCGGGGCAAGCGCUGGAAGCCUACCUGGCCAUGGACGAGGACCGAGCGGAGGUUUACAAUGACCUGAAGGAGGCGCUGUUGGAAAAGUUCAAUAUCUCAUCAGAGACUUACCACCAACGGCUCCGGGCCACUUUUACUCCAGCUAGAGAGUCACAGAUGGAAACGUACAAUCGACCGCGGAACUUGUACCGACGCUGGGUGAGACCUGAACUGCGCACAAAAGAGGAGAUCGGUGAGACAAUAGUCCUGGAACAGUUUCUGCAUGUUUGUACCCUAUGAGAUUCGGGUCUGAGUCAAGGAACCGACAAUUGGACUGGAUGCUGCUAAACUGGCUCAGCAGUACCUUAACGCUCACCAUGGCAGUCAAUGCUCUCAACCAAUGAAAGGUAAUUUUAAAACCCCUUCCAGUAGUUCUGGGGAACCUAAUACUGGCUCUAAUGUUACUCAGGCACAAAAAGUGGCUCCUGAGAAAAAACUUUUUUGCUUUUACUGCCAACAACUGGGUCACAAAGCAACAGUGUGUCCAGUGCAUAAAGCUAAACUGACUGGCUUUUGUUAUGUCCCAAGAGAAGAGGACAGUGUGAACAAUGUGCGCAAAACACAGAAUGUGCAAGUGACUGUAAAUGGACAAUGUAUGAAAGCUUUGUUAGACACUGGAAGCUCCUUGUCACUGCUAAAGAAGAGUCAUAUGUCACAUGUUCCAUUUGAUAAUUUGGUCAGUGUACAAUGUGUUCACGGGGAUGUCAAGCAGUACCCCCAAACAGAAGUUAAUGUAUGUGUGCAAGACCAAACUUACCUGUUGAAUGUGGCAAUUGUAGAUGACUUACCUGCUGAUAUGAUUUUGGGAAGAGACUUACCAGUGCUCACUGAAUUGUUGCAUUCUGUUGAAACUUGUGUGUCCACCUCUAAUGCUGUUAAUGUUGCUUGUCCAGUAAUGACACAAGCCCAGGUUAAAGCAGGUCUGCAGCCAUUGCCAGACUUUCAUCAUAGUCUGCUGCAAGGUAGGACCAAGGGCCCCAGGAAGACACGUUGCUAAUGGCAACUGGAAAAAGGCCUGGGUACACCAGCCCCUAAGAUCCAAACCAAGGGUCUGGGAAUUCAUGACUGGCAGGUCCCAGAGUCCUAACUGCAAAGAGCUGACAAGUCUUUGAAACCGCUGUUUACUAAAGUGUUGGAGGAAAAACAAGCUGACUUGUGUGGGGAAAAAUAUGUUGUUGUCAAUGAUAUAUUGUACAUGCAAACCCCUGAUUCUACCCGUUCGGUUGUCCCUACAUGUUGUCGUCCCCUUGUGUUACACCUAGCACACAGUGUUCCAUGGGCAGGGCACAUGGCACUGAAAAAGACUUAUGCACGCAUUAGCUCACAAUUCGUUUGGCCCUCCAUGUACACUAAUGUACAAACAUACUGCACCACAUGCCAUACAUGUCAAAAGACCAGUGCUGUGCGCAAACGAGAUAGGGUACCGUUACAUCCUCUGCCUGUGAUAUCUGUCCCCUUUCAGCGCAUCGCCAUGGACAUUGUGGGGCCGCUAGAAAGAAGCAGUGCAGGGCACCAAGGAGGUCAUCAGUGACUACGUGACAAGGUAUCCUGAGGCUUUCCCUCUCCGUUCCAUCACUACACCGAAGGUCAUCAAUGUUCUUGUCCAGCUGUUCUCCGGAGUGGGGAUACCCAAGGAGAUCCUCACAGAUCAAGGGACUAACUUUACGUCACGGCUGAUGAAGUUACUGCUCAAGAACAUGCUUCGCAAGUUUGUGUCAGACACUGGAAGGGACUGGGACAAAUGGCUACCAUUUUUGCUGGUACAGGCUGAGCUGCACCACCUUCUGGGUAGAUAUGCCUUGUUGUUCCAUCAGAGGCCUGGGCAAACCAGCUUUGUACAACACCAGAUCCACCUGCUCGAUCAGAACCAUUCAUGACAGCGACUGUAUCGUGUUCCUGAGAGGCUGGUGGCACCUCUGAAAGCAGAGAUUGGGAUGAUGCUGGAGUUGAGAGUUAUUGAGCCCUCUAAGAGCAAGUGGAACAGCCCAAUAGUUUAGUCCCAAAGAAAGAUACAUUACAUAUCUACAUUGACUUUCGAAAGCUGAAUGCUCAGUCUAGGUUUGAUGCCUACCCAAUGCCACGCAUCGACGACCUGCUGGAACGUAACAGCCAAGCCAGGUACAUUACAAUCUUUGAUUUAUGUAAAGGAUACUGGCAAGUCUCUCUGGAGGAGGCGUCCAGAUCCUACACGGCGCUCUGGACCCCGCUGGGACUAUACUAGUUCACAGUCCCACCACUCGGGCUUAAUGGAGCACCCGCAGCAUUCCAGCGACUAAUGGACCAAGUCCUCAGAGGCUGUGAAGAGUGGUUAGCUGCAUAUCUGGAUGAUGUUGUCAUAUACAGUGCAACUUGGAUGACCAUCUCCACACCUCAGAGAAACCCUGAGCAAGAUCCAGGAGGCUGGCCUGUCUUUAAAUGUGGCAAAAUGUGAGUGGGUGAAGUCCGAGACCUACUACCUUAUCACCUGGGAAAUGGAGAACUAAAGCCUCAAGUGGACAAGGUAGAAGCUGUUCGACACAGCCCAAGACCAAGGACAAAGAAGGAGGUCAGAUCCUUCUUAGUACUGGCGGGGUGGUAUCGACGGUUCAUCCCCAACUUCUCUAGUCUCGGGUGACUAGGUGGUACCUCUCCCUUCAACCCUACCAGUUUAAGGUCAGACAUCGACCUGGACCCCAAAACAAAAUUGCUGACUACCUGUCCCGAAAUCCGGUCAGUUUGUGGCCUGGAGAGAGGUAGGUGAUGUGACAGAGUGACCUGUCCCUGUUGGUUAGCGCAGCACACACACACCCCAUCUUACCUUGUCCAUCCUCCGUUCCUUGCUGAGGCGAUGUGGGUGCACACGCACGCCAUUAGCACGCUGGUCUUCAUACACGCAAACAUAUCCACUCCAUUUUCAUCCCCGUCAGAAUCCGUGCUGUGCAUAACAACACACAUACAUACUUGAGUCGUCUUUCGUUUCUGUUUUGUCAUGUUAUCGUGUUAAUACAUACCUGUGUUAAGUUUGUCAGCGUCUGUGUUGCUGGACUUUUGCGUUGCUUCUCCACCAUUGGCCGGCCAAACGCGAGCGCCACCCAGCGGUCUGGAUAAAUAGUGCCAGUGGCAUUUACACGUUCUAUGACACAUUCUAUGGGAGACCUGAGACUCAUAUCAUCUUGAAUUAUUAAAUUAUCUUGUACAAAGGAUAAUUAUAGGACUUUAACAGAUAAGUUGUUUGGAUAAGUUGACUGAGAGUCCUGAUCCGAUCACAGCUUCAUUUCAUAAUCCAAAUUACAUUUGAGUGCUUAGGUCAAAAUUUGAGCAGUUAAACAACUUCAGAUCUUUUCUUUUUGUCCUGCAGCUGUGAAUCGAUAAAGGGUGAUGGCAUCUGUUAAAGAGCUGCUCAAGAAAUCACUGUAUGAACUGGAAGGGGAUGAUGUAAAGGAGUUUCAGUGGCACUUAGAGAAUGAUCAUGAGUGUAUAUCAAAGUCUGACAUGGAGAAUGCGAAUAGGUUAAAAACAGUGAAUAAGAUGGUGGACCGCUUUGGACCAGAAGAAGCUGUGAAGAUCACGGUGGAGAUCCUGAGGAAGAUAAACCAGAAUAAUCUGGCUGAGCAGCUGGAGAACAAUCACAAGCAAGGCUCGACUGCAGAUGGCAGACAAGCUACUCUUCAUGAUUACAAAGAGACCAGCCUCAAACUGAAGAACAAAUUAAAACAGGACUACAAGCGGAUAUUGGUUGGUAAUUCACAGACAGGUCAUCAAAAAAACCUGAAUGAUAUUUACACUGAUUUAUAUGUGGUAGAGAAUGAGACUGGAGGAAGAGUAAAUGACCACGAGGUGAGACAGAUCGAAUUGAAUCACAAACAAUAUGAUGCCAAGGACACACCAAUCCAAUGCAGUAAUAUUUUUAAAGUCAAUGAAAACAAAAAGGUACUGACGAUGGGGAUCGCAGGGGUUGGAAAAACUGUGUCUGUCAAUAAAUUCAUUCUUGACUGGGCUGAAGGAAAAGAAAAUCAGAAUAUAGCCUUUAUUUUCCCUCUGCCAUUCCGUCAGCUAAACUUGAUUACAGAGAACUGCAGUCUCAUGGGACUGAUUCAUGAAUAUUUCUUUAGUGAUUCUAAAGAACUGCCCUCUCUUCCUGAAGGUGAUGGUAAGGUCUUGUUCAUUUUUGAUGGGCUGGAUGAAUGUCGCUUCACUUUGAGCUUUAAAGAGGGUGGCAGAAUUACAGAUGUUCACAAAAAAACAACAGUGAGUAAGAUAAUAACAAACCUUAUCAGGACAGACCUGCUUCCCUCUGCUCUCAUCUGGAUCACAUCCAGACCAGCAGCAUCCAGUCUGAUACCCCGAAACUACAUUAAUCAGGUGACUGAAGUGCGAGGAUUUAAUGAUGAGCAGAAAGAGCAAUACUUCAUCAAAAACAGCAGUUCUGAGGUUUCUGAAAACAUCAUCAGUCACAUCAAGAAAUCCAGGAGCCUGUACAUCAUGUGCCAUAUCCCCGUCUUCUGCUGGAUCUCUCUCACUGUUCUUCAGCCUCUACUGGCUCGAGAGAGCAAUGACAAAACACCAACAACUCUCACAGAGAUGUACACAAACUUCUUAAUUUCUCAGCAACAACAAAUGAAAGAAAAAUACUGUGAUGACCCUGAACCCAAAGCCAAUGCAAUGUCUUUUGAUGAGAUUAUUCUGAAGCUUGGGAAACUGGCCUUUCAACAGCUGAAGAAAGGUCAACUGAUUUUCUACAAAGAAGAUCUUGAGGUAUGUGGACUAGAUGUCAGUGAAGGGUCUGUCUACUCUGGGUUAUGCACUCAGAUCUUUCAGGAGGAAAAGGCUGUUUCAGCAAGAAACGUUUACAGCUUCAUACAUCUCAGCGUCCAGGAAUUUCUUGCUGCUCUUCAUGUGUUUUUGAUUAGCAAAUACAAGAAAGCAAACCCAAUUCUUCAAUCAUGGACAGAAAAACUGAAAUGGAAACUGUCCGAAAAGUCACUGUUUCAGCUUCACAAGGCUGCAGUCAACAAGGCUUUGCAAAGUGAGAAUGGACACCUGGAUCUUUUCCUCCGGUUCCUUCUGGGUCUCUCACUGGAAUCCAAUCAGAAUGACAUGAAGGAGCUACUGCCAGGACUGGAACUCAAAACAGAGAGCCUGAAAAACACUGCUGACUUUAUCAAAAAGAAGAUACAGGAGGAGAAAUCAGUAGAGAGGACCAUCAAUCUCUUCUACUGUCUGAAUGAACUGAAAGAUGACUUUGUGGAGGAAAUCCAGAAGAAUCUGCGAUCAGGAAAUCUUUCAGCACAGAAGCUUUCCUCUGCUCAGUGGUCUGGUCUGGUGUUUGUGCUCCAGAUGUCAGAAGAGACUCAAGAGACCUUUGAACUACAGAAAUACAGAAGAUCUGAUGAAGCAGUGAGAAGACUGCUGCCAGUGAUCAAAAACACCAGAAGAGCACUGCUACAUAGUUGUAAUCUCACUGUUCUGUCUUGUGAGAGUUUGUCUUCAGCUCUACAGUCCUCAAACUCUGUCCUAAAAGAGCUGGACCUGAGUAACAAUGACCUGAAGGAUUCAGGAGUGAAGCUUCUUUCUGAUGGACUGAAGAGCCCUACCUGUCAUCUGGAGAUAUUGAGAUUGUCUGGCUGUAUGGUGACAGAGAAAGGCUGUCAUCAUGUGUCUUCAGCUCUGAGUUUGAACCCUUCACACCUGAGAGAGCUGGAUCUAAGCUACAAUCACACAGGAGAUUCGGGAGUCAAGCUGCUUUCUGAAAAACUGGAUGAUCCAAACUGCAAACUGGACAAACUCAAUGUGGAUCAUGGAGGAGAGAUCUGGAUUACACCAGGACUACGAAAAUAUUCCCAUCAGUUCACUGCGGAUCUGAACACAGUGAAUGAAAACCUCCAUCUGUCUGAGGAGAACAGAGUGAUUACUAACACUGACACAGUCCAGUCGUAUCCUGAUCAUCCAGACAGAUUUGAUGAGUAUUUUCAAGUGUUGAGUAGAGAGAGUGUGUGUGAUCGACGCUGUUACUGGGAGAUUGAGUGGAGUGGUGAGGUGUAUAUAUCAGUGUCAUAUAAGAGCAUCAUCAGGAAGGGAGGGGGUAAUGAGUGUGUGUUUGGAUGUAAUGAUCAGUCCUGGAGUUUGUUCUGCUCUUCUGACAGAUACUUAUUCUAUCACAAUAACAUAGACACUGAACUCCCUGUAGAGUCCAUCAUCAGCAGUAGAAUAGGAGUGUAUGUGGAUCACAGUGCAGGAACUCUGUCCUUCUACAGCGUCUCUGGAGACACAAUGAGCUUCAUCCACACAGUCCAGACCACAUUCACUCAACCGCUCUAUCCUGGAUUUGGGGUUUAUUCUCGAUCAUCAGUGAAACUGUGUUGAUGAAUCAGAACAGACUGUAGAGAGAUUCUACCCAUAAUGCUUUGAGCUCAUGAUAAUUCAGUGACUGUCACACACUUGACUAGAUGAUCCAAGAUAAGAGUCUUGACACAGAAAGACGAUGAACACUUUUAUUUACAGUAUCUUCAACACGUCUCAAAAGCAACAUUUGUGUCACGUCACAAACACCUUUGCCAUAAUAUUCUGUUUUUGGAUUUAUCAUAAACACACAGUUAUUGAAAACCUAAAGCUCUUCUAUCAUGAGCUCCUGUGAUCAUUUGUGAUCACAAAAAAAAAAAAAAACUGCAACCAGUAUCAGAAUCGACCAAUUUGCUUCUAAAAAAAUUGGAAUUGGCCACGAAAAAUCAAAAUAGGUGCAUCACUAAUAAAAAAAAAUAUUAAAUAAAGCAUAUAAAAAUGCAAUAUUUUUUCGCUGUAAAAACAAAUGCAGUUUUCAUGAGAAGUGUAAUAGUUUUCUUGAGAUUCCUUUAAAUAUACAUCUGAAUUUAUAGAAGAAAAACUGCAUAUAAAUGAUUUUAGAAGACUUUUAUUUUGAAGUUAAUCAUCUGUCAUUGUGUGAGUGAAAUGUGUUGUUUGGCUUCAUUAAUGUGGGUAAAAAUACUGUAAAAGAGUUUUAUCUUAUAAAUCUGUUUCUUCUUUCAUAAACAGUUUCACAUUUCUUCACAUUUUUAAGGUGUAAUUUAAACAACAUUGUGUUACGAUCUCUGUAUCUGAAAAUACAAAAGUGAGGAAAACAUUAUUGUAAAUAAAAGUCUUACUGUGCUUA